AUGGAGGGCCACAAGCCCACGACCUCGCCUGCGACCUCUUCGACGCCCACGAGCACGCUCUUCACCUUCCUCGCCCUCUACCUUACUACGCUCUUCUCCUUCGACACGUGGGCCGCCGCACGAGGGUCCCCCUACCGCGCACCAGGCAUCAACAACUCCACGUAUCGCCCUGCCGUCACUGCACCAGCACCAGGCAGUUACCAGGACGGCAUGCAUGGGCGGGGUCGUGCUGGACCCAGGUCUGGUAGUCAAGCGCGGGGCGGUGGACAUGCUGGGAGCAUCGCACAGACGAGCGACUCAAGACCGCCGAUUCAGAUGGGUGGCACAGCUGCGUGCAGCGCUUGUUUGAUCUAA